AUGGCGUUCCAGGCUGAGCUCUCCAUUUUGAAGAUGACACACAGACACCUCGUAUCUGUGAUUGGGUUCUGUAACCAAGGCGUUGAGCAUCUGAUUGUUUACGAAUUCAUGGAGAGCGGAACACUACACCAAAAGCUCUUUGAGUGGAUUGACACUGGUGGCAACCCCAUGAGCUGGGAUGAGAGGAUUGGAUAUGAGGCCAAAAUCUCGGAUUAUGGCCUGGUGAAGGCAAUGACAGAUGAUGAGAAGUCGGUGGUGACCAAGUUAGCUGGAACUCGUGGAUACCUUGCGCCUGAGUACGCAAUGACUGGUCAUUUGUCGAUCAAAGCUGAUGUGUAUUUUGGCAUAGUUCUCUUAGAACUUAUUACAGGUCAGACGAUAGUGGACGAUGGUCAGGCAGGGAAGAAUUUGGCAAUGCGCUUUCGUCCCGUCUACAAGAGGGGCAUGGAGAAUGUGAGAGCUUUGGUCGACCGGUCACUCGACCCGGAUGCGCAGGGCCUUAAUGGAGGCUCUGAGAGAUGGCCCCAGCGUGCAGAGGAAGAGGAGGAAGAAGAAGAAGAAGCUGCUUUUGACAGGGAACGUUUUCUUCGGGAUUUGGGUAAUGAUGGAGAAGGCACCACGGCUUAUUACAGCGUCUGGGACUUGGAGCAGGGUCAGUAA